AUGUCUCUCUUCACUGGUAGCCAUUCUCGUCGAGCUUUACUCACGUCGAAAACUUUUUGUGGACAAGGGAGUUUCAUUGAUUUGGCGCAAAAAUGUCGAUUCAUGGCAACGGGCAACUCAGGGGUCGGUGUAGGAGGUACUAAUGAAGCGAAUGCAUACUGCCGGGAGCUUGUGAGAAAGCAUGAUUAUGAAUCGUACCUCUGCUCCUAUUUCUACCCAAGGGCGGCACAACCGGGUUACUUUGCGCUGCGGGCAUUCAAUGUCGAACUUGCGAUGAUCAGAGAAUCAGUAUCUAGGCCCAUAAUCGGAAAAAUGAGGAUGCAAUUCUGGAGAGAUGCAAUCAAGUCCAUUGGUGAUGAUAGGCCAAUGAAGCACCCUAUCGCGAUUGCUCUUCAUGAAGCGUCCCAAAAUGCCAAACUUUCUCCUUAUUACCUCAAAAGAAUGGUUGAUGCUAGAGAGGAAGAUCUUGAUCGGGAAUCACACACGACCUUGGAAGGGGUAACCCAAUAUGCUGAAUCGACAUCGUCGACGCUUCUGUAUCUCCUGCUUGGUUUGCUCCAUCAGAAUCAUUCGGAUACACUCGCUCAUGCUGCAUCUCAUAUUGGGGUUGCUAGCUCUCUUGCCACGCUCUUGCGUGCUUUGCCUUUCCACGCUGCCAACCGGAGGAUGAUUAUACCGGUGGAAAUUACAGCAAAGCAUGGUGUACGACAUGAGGAAGUUUUUCGUACGGGUGGUGGUGCGCAAGGAAUAGACGAUGCUGUAUUUGAGUUUGCAACCGUAGCGAACGAUCACAUCCUUACGGCUCGUGACGCUUUCAAGGAUUCUGGAGUGCCAAGCCAGGCGAUGCCCGUGUUUCUAUCGGCAGUGAGUGGAUGCUUUUGA